CUCCAUCCACCAAUCCACCAUAUCCACAAGCUCCAUGGACGAGCUGCUACACCACUCGAAUGGCCAAACCGCCCGGCCGCUUCUCGCCACUCGCUGCGACCUGCUGCUGCAACGCCCAUGCACGUCCACGCGCCCCACCUCCUCCCCGCGCCGCCCAAGCCCCACUGCCAUGCCGCCGCCCUCCGCUUCACCGUGGCCGCCUCCGCCGCGGCGCCGUCGGCGGCCGCCCGCAGGGCCGUCAUUGUCGGGGGCGGGCUCGCGGGGCUCGCGGCGGCGACGCACCUGACCUCGCUCUCCGUGCCGUUCACGCUCGUCGAGGCCUCGGACCGCCUCGGCGGCCGCGUCGCCACCGACGUGAUUGACGGGUACCGCCUCGACCGGGGCUUCCAGAUCUUCCUCACCGCGUACCCGGAGUGCUGCGACCUGCUCGACUUCCCCGCGCUGCGGCUCCGGCCGUUCUAUCCCGGCGCGCUCGUCUUCACCGGCGCCGGGGAGCCGUUCUACCUGCUCUCCGACCCGUUCCGCCUCCCGCUCCGUUCCCUCUCCGCGGUGUUCUCCCCCGUGGGCACCCUGGCAGACAAGGUCCUCGUCGGGCUCACGCGCCUCCGCGCGGCGGCCACCCCGGACGACGCCAUCCUCUCGGCGCCGGAGACGACCACGGCCACCCACCUGCAGCAGCUCGGGUUCUCGCCGUCCAUCGUGGAGCGGUUCCUGCGGCCGUUCCUCGCAGGGAUUUUCUUCGACCCGGCGCUCGACACGUCGUCGCGGCUCUUCGAGCUCGUGUUCAAGCGCCUCGCCCUCGGCGACAACGCGCUGCCGGAGGACGGCAUCGGCGCCAUCGCGUCGCAGCUCGCGGACCGCCUCCCUGCGGGAUCAGUCCGCCUCAACUCCCGCGCCGCCGCCAUCGACGGUUCCGGCGUGACGCUCGACACCGGCGAAACCAUCCCCGGCGAUCUCGGCGUCAUUGUCGCCGUCGAGCAGCCGGAGGCCGAGAAGCUCCUGCCGCAGCUAUCAAUUCCAGAAAAACCCAAGAAAUCCGAGAGGAGCACCGUCUGCCUCUACUUCUCCACCGACCGGGCGCUGGUCCAAGACCCCAUCCUGCUCCUCAACGGGUCGGGCAAGGGGAUCGUGAACAACAUGUUCUUCGCCACCAACGUGGCGCCGUCGUACGCGCCGCCGGGGAAGGUGCUGGUGUCCGUGUCCCUCGUCGGUUCGUUCGCCGACAGGGAGGACGCCGAUCUGGCCGACGAGGUGGUCCGGGAGCUCGGCGGGUGGUUCGGCGCCGGAGAGGUCGCGUCGUGGACGCAUUUGAGGACGUACCGUAUCGGGUUCGCGCAACCGGACCAGACGCCACCGACGAUGCCAGCCGGGAGGGACCCAAGGGUCGGCGAUGGCUUGUACGUCUGCGGCGACCACUGGUGCUCGGCCACGUUCGACGGCGCGCUGGUGUCCGGGAGGAGGGCGGCCGAGGCUCUGGCCAAGGACAGGGGACUGUCCACUUAAGUUUGAGCGUCCGAGCUCGUUUAUUUGCCGCGGGAAAGAAAAUUCAUCUCACAAGAUGAACGAGGAUUUUUUUUGAGUGACAAGUACAUGUACAUCUUUAACGGUUUCUUUCAGUGAAAUUCAACUUGUAUAUUCCUUUCUCUAAUCCGAUUCAUCUGAUUAUAUCUACUGGUUAAGUUCA